GGCCCGCAGCCGCCCCUGGGUCCAGCGCGCAGCCAACAUGGGCAACGCGGGGAGCGUGGAUUCGCAGCAGACCGAUUUCAGGGCGCACAGCGUGCCCCUGAAGCUGCCGAUGCCGGAGCCAGGCGAACUGGAGGAGCGCUUUGCCACGGUGCUGAAUGCUAUGAACCUACCUCCUGACAAAGCCAGGUUACUACGGCAGUAUGACAAUGAGAAAAAAUGGGAACUGAUUUGUGAUCAGGAACGAUUCCAAGUGAAGAAUCCUCCCCACACGUACAUUCAGAAGCUCAAAGGCUAUCUGGAUCCAGCUGUAACCAGGAAGAAAUUCAGAAGGCGUGUUCAAGAAUCUACACAAGUGCUAAGAGAACUGGAAAUUUCUUUAAGAACAAAUCACAUUGGAUGGGUCAGAGAGUUUUUGAAUGAAGAAAAGAAAGGGCUUGAUGUUCUAGUAGAAUACCUAUCGUUUGCGCAGUAUGCAGUAACUUUUGACUUUGAAAGUGUGGAAAGUACCGUGGAGAGUUCAGUGGACAAAUCAAAGCCCUGGAGUAGGUCCAUUGAGGACCUGCACAGAGGGAGCAACCUGCCCUCACCUGUGGGCAAUAGCGUGUCCCGCUCAGGAAGACACUCUGCACUGCGCUUUGUUUUUGUUGUUAUUUUUCAUUCCACCAUCUCACUUCUGAUUGCCUCCUCUACUUUGUCCUUCCUUGUCUUGCUGUCUCCUCUCACUUUGGUUCUAUUCAUCUCUUACACCACUACCAGAUUGGUUUCUCUGCCUGAGUAUCUUCAAUUCAAAUGCCACCAGAGCUGCUUCUCCCCCUGUGGCCUCUGGAGCAGCGUCAGUUUACACGCUGAUGGUGAGGCUUCAAACCGGAACAUCUCAUAUAAUACUUUGCCAAGUAGAAGAACCCUGAAAAAUUCCAGAUUAGUGAGUAAGAAGGAUGAUGUUCACGUCUGCAUCAUGUGUUUACGUGCCAUCAUGAAUUAUCAGUAUGGUUUCAACAUGGUCAUGUCUCAUCCACAUGCCGUCAAUGAGAUUGCACUAAGCUUGAACAACAAGAAUCCCAGAACAAAAGCCCUUGUCUUGGAGCUUUUGGCAGCCGUUUGCCUUGUCAGAGGCGGGCAUGAAAUCAUUUUAUCAGCUUUUGAUAACUUCAAGGAGGUUUGUGGAGAAAAACAGCGCUUUGAGAAGUUGAUGGAACAUUUCAGGAAUGAAGACAAUAACAUAGAUUUUAUGGUUGCCUCUAUGCAGUUUAUUAAUAUUGUGGUCCACUCAGUAGAAGACAUGAACUUCAGAGUUCACCUCCAGUAUGAAUUUACCAAGUUAGGCCUGGAUGAAUACUUGGAUAAGCUGAAACACACAGAAAGUGACAAGCUACAAGUACAAAUUCAGGCAUACCUGGACAACGUGUUUGAUGUAGGAGCUCUGCUGGAAGACGCAGAAACCAAGAAUGCAGCCUUAGAGAGAGUGGAAGAACUGGAAGAAAACAUCUCUCAUUUAUCUGAAAAGCUUCAAGAUACAGAGAAUGAAGCCAUGUCCAAGAUUGUGGAACUGGAGAAGCAGCUUAUGCAGAGGAACAAGGAACUGGACGUUGUCCGAGAAAUCUACAAAGACGCAAAUACCCAAGUUCACACAUUAAGAAAAAUGGUCAAAGAAAAAGAAGAAGCCAUUCAAAGACAGUCUACCCUGGAAAAAAAGAUUCAUGAACUGGAGAAACAAGGGACCAUUAAAAUCCAGAAGAGGGGGGACGGGGACAUCGCCAUACUGCCAGUCAUGGCUCCUGGCGCAUUGUCCGCAGGCUCCGAAGCAGCAGUGGGCAACUGUGUAGGACCGGCUACUGGGACCGCCACGGCAGGACCCUUGUCCCCACCUCCUCCACCACUGCCUCUGCCGUCUGACACACCUGAGGCAGCGACAAAUGGUCCAGUGACACCACCCACGGCACCGCCUCCCCCUCCCCCACCCCCACCUCCUCCUCCUCCUCCUCCUCCUCCUCUCCCGGGGCCUGCAGCUGAGACUGUGCCAGCUCCUCCUCUGCCACCACCCCCUCCCUCUGCACCCCCGCUGCCCGGGAUGUCUUCACCCACAGUGGUUUUCAACUCAGGAUUAGCAGAUGGGCCAAUCAAGCUUUUCUCUGUGAAAAUUAAAAAGCCAAUCAAGACGAAGUUCAGAAUGCCAGUGUUUAACUGGGUUGCUCUGAAGCCCAAUCAGAUCAAUGGCACAGUCUUCAAUGAAAUUGAUGAUGAGCGAAUUCUGGAGGAUUUAAAUGUGGAUGAAUUUGAAGAAAUAUUCAAGACAAAAGCCCAAGGCCCUGCCAUUGAUCUUUCUUCAAGCAAGCAGAAGAUGACACAGAAAGGAUCAAGCAAAGUGACAUUACUAGAAGCAAAUAGAGCCAAAAAUCUUGCCAUAACUUUAAGGAAAGCUGGAAAGACUGCCGAUGAGAUAUGUAAAGCUAUUCAUGUAUUUGACCUGAAGACACUGCCUGUAGACUUUGUAGAAUGCUUGAUGAGGUUCUUGCCAACUGAAAAUGAGGUGAAAGUCCUUCGGCUCUAUGAGCGGGAAAGGAAGCCCCUGGAGAACUUGUCUGAUGAAGACCGGUUCAUGAUGCAGUUUAGUAAGAUCGAGAGGCUCAUGCAGAAGAUGACCAUCAUGGCCUUCAUUGGGAACUUUGCUGAAAGCAUUCAGAUGCUGACUCCUCAACUGCAUGCAAUUAUAGCAGCAUCUGUCUCUAUAAAGUCAUCCCAAAAACUCAAGAAAAUCCUGGAGAUCAUUCUGGCCCUUGGAAACUAUAUGAAUAGCAGUAAACGAGGAGCAGUUUAUGGAUUUAAACUUCAGAGUUUAGAUCUGCUCUUGGACACAAAGUCGACAGACCGAAAGCAAACGCUACUGCACUAUAUAUCAAAUGUUGUCAAGGAAAAAUAUCACCAAGUGUCCCUGUUUCAUAAUGAGCUUCAUUAUGUGGAAAAAGCUGCUGCAGUCUCUCUGGAGAAUGUUCUGUUAGAUGUCAAGGAACUGCAGAGGGGCAUGGACUUGACCAAGAGGGAAUACACCAUGCAUGACCACAAUGUGCUGCUGAAGGACUUCAUCCUCCACAAUGAGGGCAAGCUGAAGAAGCUACAGGAUGAUGCCAAGAUUGCACAGGAUGCCUUUGAUGAUGUGGUGAAGUAUUUUGGAGAAAACCCCAAGACAACACCACCCUCUGUCUUCUUUCCGGUCUUUGUCCGAUUUGUGAAAGCCUAUAAGCAAGCAGAAGAAGAAAAUGAGCUGAGGAAAAAGCAGGAACAAGCUCUCAUGGAGAAACUCCUGGAGCAAGAAGCUCUGUUGGAGCAGCAGGACCCAAAGUCUCCUUCUCAUAAAUCAAAGAGACAGCAGCAAGAGUUAAUUGCAGAGUUAAGACGACGACAAGUUAAAGAUAAUAGACAUGUGUAUGAGGGAAAAGAUGGAGCCAUUGAAGAUAUUAUCACAGUGCUGAAGACUGUGCCCUUUACUGCUCGCACCGCCAAGCGUGGCUCUCGGUUUUUCUGCGAACCCGUGCUCACUGAGGAGUACCAUUAUUAAACUAUUACUCUUUCUCACCUGGUGCUCUUAAAAGAUCUUAGAAACCAGCCCUACAGACGAGCCGAUGCGGUGAGGAGAAGUGUCAGGCGGCGCUUUGAUGAUCAGAACUUACGUUCUGUUAAUGGUGCCGAAAUAACCAUGUGAACCUGAGACUUGCCUGCAUGAAUCGAGGGCGUGCGUGAAUGAAACUGCCCACAUAGACUUUAUGUGCUACCAUUUAGCUGCAGCCUUGAACACAGAUAAAGUAUUUGAAAGGGCUCAGAUUUAGUAAACACAUAGGAAUUUUAAAAUGAUGGGUUCUCCUUUCAACCCUUGUUAACAAGUGCCUAAAAAUGGAAGUACCUGCUCAGAUUAAUCAAAGCAAUAGGAUUUGAUUUGAUUAGGUAUCUCUUUACACCACUAUGCUAUUCAGUUUUUUAACCAAAAUGUAGAUUUCGUAUUAAAUUCAUUAAUGUGCCAUUGUGAUUAUCCCACGAUGGUCCAUCCUGGUUUCCUAAUAACUUGUAAAUAACAAGGAUGCUUCUGCUAUGGGCUUUCUUUGCUGAGAUGUCUUUUAAGAAAUUUUGUGUUCUAGCCAUAUCCACCAACUUUGUAUUUUAAAGGACUUGCAACACAGAAGGAAAAAGUCAUAUCCUUUUUGUCACUUAGCCCCAGCAAAGUGCAAACAGGUUGUAAAAUGCAGUGACAUAAGAAAAGUCAGCUGUUUCCAGUACCACGUUCUACUAGUUCCAUGGUAGGGCGCCAUGCCCUGUGAGAGACAUUCACUGGUAUGAACACAAGGAGACAGUGGCAUAAAUGUUGAAGACUUAUUUGCAGUACUGUGUUCUGAAGCUAGAGGCAGCUUUUUAAAUGAUGCAAAUAUAUUUAUUAACACUAAAAUUAACAUCUCAGUAAUCAGGAUUUCCGAGGGCCAUUAUGAGUCGAUCCUGAGAUGAGAAAUUGGUGCCUUGCUAGUCAGGGAGAAGUUUACUAUGGCAGCUCUGUCAAAAGCCUGGAAGAUUGAAUCUGCUAGCAGAGCAAGUUAGGAACCUAGCGUUAUUCUCCUCUGACAAUCGCAGGGUUUGUUUCUUCUUUUUCCUUUUAUAAAUUGGAAAAUAUCAAUGUAUUUGGCAUUUUGUAUCAAAGCUGAAUUGUUCCAUUUCCCAGUUAUUUAUGAGCAAUUACAAUUAAGUUGCUGAAAAGUGUGAACAUCAGGAUUAAGUUUAAAGAUAUGCAAUGGGACUAAACAGUCCAUUCCAAAGUUAACAAAACUGGACUGAAACUAAAUUUAUACUUCUCAUAAUAAACGUUCUGCUUCUGGCUUACCUUCUUGGUACCUUACAACAGUAUAUUAAUUGUAAAGUUUGUUGUAUAGUAUUUAACCACUGAAUUUAUGUUGUGCUUAUGUGAACCCCUUGGUGAAGGUCCUUUUUCCUUGGAUAAUGUGUAGUUAUAUGAUUUUUUAAAUGUACAGAUAUUUUGCUAUAAAAUUGGUGCAGUUUUUUAUGGUUUUUACACUUCUCUUUAAUUCCCACCUAAGGCUCUAGGUAAUACUGUAAAUAUUGUUUAAAAAUGCAUCAGCCUAUGCUAUACAAUCUGAAUGUUAUUUUAACUUAUAGGUUUUUUUUUAAUAUAUAUUUAACUACAAGGACAGUGUAGGGAUCAGUUACCACAUUUCAUUUUAGUGUACCUAUUUACAGAUUACUUUUAAACUGCCACAUGCUGGCCUAUUUCCAUAAAUGUGUACUUUAUUUUUUUUUUUGGUGGUGGGGAUCGAACUCGGGUCCUUGCGCUUGCGAAGCAGGCGGCGGAACCACUGAGCUAAAUCCCCAGCCCCUAAAUGUGUACUUUAAAAAGAACAUGCCAGGAUUUUGUCUGUUGGGUUAACAUUCAUUUUGAUGAAAACAGUAAUUUGACUAUGAGAUAGAAGACAAAUAGUUGGACCUUUACCACAAUUCAGCUGUUUUCCCAAGCUCAGUGCUGGCAUGUACAUGUUAAAAGUAAUUGCCUAUAUAUUAAUGAACAAGUAGACAGUAAUGUUGGCAUGUUCUUUUCUGUUUUGUCUAUUAAUGGGCCUGCUUCCUACCAAUAUUAGAAAAAUGUUUUAUAAAAGCAAUUUAUGUUACUUUUCUGGUCUUUUCAUGCCAUCUGAGCAAAUAAACUAUUUACACUACUA